AUGGCCUUCAUGUCCCGGUUCUCCCCCCGGAGCAGCUCCCGGUCUCCGAACCGAAAGGAGUCCGAGCGCGUGUCCGUGACGGUGUCGGAGCUGGAGCGGCUCCUGUGCACCGGCAAGACCGCCUGCAACCACGCGGACCAGGUGUCGCGGCUCUACAUCGGAGACCAAGACGUGGCGUCGGACCGCCGUGAGUUGGCCAAGCUGGGCAUCACGCACAUCCUGAACUGCGCACACAGCAAGUGGCGCGGCGGCGCCGAGUUCUACGCCGACAUGCGCGUGACCUACCACGGCAUCGAGGCCCACGACUCGCCCUCCUUCGACAUGAGCGUCAACUUCUACCCCGCCGCCGACUUCAUCCACCGGGCGCUGGCGGCCGGAGGGACGGUGCUGGUCCACUGCGCGGUGGGGGUGAGCCGCUCCGCCACGCUGGUUCUGGCCUACCUGAUGAUCCGACAGAACCUGACGCUGGUGGAGGCCAUCAAGACCGUGAAGGACCACCGGGGCGUCAUCCCAAACCGGGGCUUCCUGCGCCAGCUCAGCGGCCUGGACAGCAUCCUGAGGGACAGCCGGAAGGCGUCGCCCCCGAGCUAAAUUUCUAUCUUUUUAAAGACGUUUUUAUUUAAUUGUAUCUUGUAGUUUGUGUUUGAGUCGUAAUCCACAGUAACGUCCUUCUUCUUCUACGAGACCACGAGAAUCUUUUUGACCCAAACUUCGGACCAUUCCACGUGGACCCGGUGCUCCACUGAACCAGCAGAGAAGAACCAAGCAGAACAGGACCUUGGGUAGCUACGCCUCGGCAGGGACCCGCACACCGAGUCUCCUCGGGGGGGGGGGGGUCUCUCCUUUCAGGAAACUGGAGGUCUUCAAACGAGAGGGGUUUCCGGCGCCCCCCGUGGACUAAAGGGGUAGUGUGUCCUCCCACCAGGGCCCCCUUUAGAGAACCUCUCAUUCUCCCGGUCUGCCUCUCAGUCCUGGUUCUGGUUCCCCCGGGUCCUCAUCAAUGAGUUAAGGUGAUUUACAGCGUACAGCAUCCAAUAAAAGACCAAAUAGGAGGUUGCCAUGGAGACAACAGCACUGCCACUGGCCCCCGUCGUGCUGCCAGUCCUCUUCAGGUCUCCUACCGGACCGCUCGGGCGGGGGCUCAGCUUUCCUCUGUGGUCCAAAUCCUCCCUCAGAAAUAAGUGAUUCUCUGUAGCCCCCAAUUACAGUACUAAGCCUCUGCAGGUCUUCCCUCGACUCACCUUUGUACAUUCAGCAAGUGUCAUUAAGAGCCCAGAACCACCACCGAGGCCCCGGUCUGAAACCAGCACAGCUACGUGUCACAGAUUAUUGUUACAAAUGAUUGUGUCACAGAUUAUUGUGUUACAGAUAAUUGUGUUACAAAUGAUUGUGUUAUUGUCGUGUUUGUACAGUGUUCAAUGUGUCGUUUCAAUUUGUAGUGGGACGAUCUGAAAUUUGUCCCGGCGGAGAAGAGGGUCCAUUUGGACGGAGUUGACAUCACAGGUGGAGGAAUUUAACGUUCACUGGUUUGACCUCUGGUCCUCGUGUGACGCUCACACAUUCCGGUGCUUUUUAACCACGUCCAGCGGCGCAAAACAUGUAACUAUGAGAAGCCGAUUGGUGGAUUCCUACUUUGAGGGGAAGUGAACAUUUAGGACCUUCUCGCAGAGUCAGCAGAGAUCGACGUCGCUCCGAGGCGAUUAGCUUAGCUUAGCACAAAGGCUGGAGGCAGAUGAUGUCAUCAUAGGGACCUCCAAUCUUUUGGUUUGAGAUUCAAGCUUUUAAAAGCGAAUCUCAGUCGGACUCGUCGUGGUAUUAACGGUCUCAUCCGACCCGACAACAUGCACAUUCCAAGUAAUCUCAAACCGCUCUGCUACAAGUGACUGUUGAAUUGGUCGUUUUAUUCGCAUCAUAAGUUCUCGAGGGGCCUCGUCAGGCCGCCAUCGCAUGCAAGGCGGUUCCAUGAGACGCGGUCGUUCUUGGCGUCGUGAAGGCACGAAGCUCCGUUAGUCCAGCAGAACCUGCAGCGCCAACAAGCAGGAAACGCUGUCGCCCCGUUGGUGCACUUUGGAUCUGUGGUUCUGUGUCGCUAUUCUUUGAGAUGAACACGUUUUUUCCUGUUAAUGCCUUAACCUGUGUGUGUUCUGCACGUGAAACAAUAAAGAUGCAUGUCAGCGGU